GAAAACUGUUCCAUGUUCAUCACUCCACUGUUGGAGAAAUAUUACCUCACACCAAUGUACGGUCUGGAAUUUACCAUCGGCUUCAUCGGAAACCUAGUGGUGAUCCUAGGCUAUAUCUUUUGCCUCCCUACUUGGAAAUCCACUAACGUGUACCUGUUUAACCUGUCUGUGUCUGACCUCGUCUUCCUGUGCACUUUACCUGAGCUGGCCUAUAACUACGCUCACAACCUGAAGAAAUUCAAUUCUUCACUAUGUAUAAUUAAUCGUUAUAUCCUCCAUGUGAACAUGUACUCCAGCAUCCUUUUCAUGAUGUGGGUAAGUGUGGACCGGUUAUUAUUGAUAUGUCACCCACAUCGAGAACACAUCCUGUUGACUCUCAAGGCUGCAAUAAUCAUCACCAUCCUGAACUGGAUCUGGGUGAAUAUUCAAAUCGCUCCUCUAGUCGUCUUCAUCAUCCAGGACUUGGAGGAAAAUAACUGGACAGCGUGUCGUGAUUUUUCAAGUCUGGGAAAUCCCCAAGUUACUCUGAUCUACAGCAUAAUUCUCACUAUAACUGGAUAUGUGAUUCCCCUUAUAGGUUUGUUCCUAGCAUCACAAAAGAUGGUUUCUUUACUAGUAAAAAGACAGGAAGUGCUUGGGACAUCUUUCCAAAGGCCAGUAAGGAUUGUGAGGUCUGCAGCAAUCAUGUUCCUGUUGCUCUACACACCUAUCCAUGUCAUGAGAAAUACGCGUAUCGCAUCACGGCUUCCUGAAUUAAAUUUCUCACGGUGUGUUUUAGACUACAUCAACGGGGCUUACAUAGUGACACGGCCAUAUGCAUUUAUUAACAAUAUCGUCAACCCUGUGUUUUACUUCCUCAUGACAGACAGUUUUAAAGAAGCUCUGCAGGACAAAUGGAGGCAGAUUAAAAGGAUGAUAAUGAGACCGUCAUAAACAAGUCUGCCCUAUCAAGCAAAGGCAGAGAUGAUAACAAGUGACUUUACAGAUGGGUGACAAAUUAAAGCAAAAGCAAACAUAAAGUGUCUUAGUAAAGUCCCUAGAACUGUAUUGGAGAGAUAAGAUUUAAUUCGUUUGUUUUGAUGAUAACAAGUACUCUCUAACACAUAUAUAACAUAUUAUUUAUAUUUAAAUACUCA